CUCCUCCCAGAUCUUCUCUCUAGGCUACUGCCCCACAGGGGAGUGGCUGGCAGUGGGCAUGGAGAGCAGCAACGUGGAGGUUCUCCAUCACACCAAGCCGGACAAGUACCAGCUCCACCUGCAUGAGAGCUGCGUCCUCUCGCUGAAGUUCGCCUACUGUGGUAAAUGGUUUGUGAGCACGGGGAAGGACAACCUCUUGAAUGCCUGGAGGACUCCGUACGGUGCCAGCAUAUUCCAGUCAAAGGAGUCCUCUUCCGUCCUGAGCUGCGACAUCUCUGCAGACGACAAGUACAUCGUGACGGGCUCUGGAGACAAGAAGGCCACAGUGUACGAGGUGAUCUACUAGGAACACCAGUUUGACCCCUCCUCCUAGUGGCCUGACGAGGGGAGCUGCUAGCCCCUCCUCCUCCUCUUACUUCACUCACCACACCCCCUAACCUCAAAGACCACCAGGGAUUGGACUACAGACCAUGUCGGCUCCCGGAUUGGUGCUCAGAAGGCACCAUGAACUCUGCUUGGCAGUUGGCCUGGCUAUGAUUGGCUAUCGGGUGCAGACUGUAACCCAAUGGGCACUGAAGAUGUAAAUUGUCUUGCUGUUGUUUGAUCUGUUCCUGGGCCUGUUUUUGGAGGGUUUAUUUUUGAAGGUGAUGAAUGUUUCUGUAAUAUGACUGGACGAAGCGGUGCUUUGUCUUUACAACAGUUGCUCCCUGGACGUCUUGUGAAAAUUGUACAUAAUGGAGUAAUAAAGACAUUUUAUAUAUAUAUUAUAAAUAUAUAUAUCUAUUUUCAUGUCCUGGUGUACUUGUGAUGUUUUUGCUUUCGGCCUCUCCCUUCUGCUUGAUAUUCAAGGGAGAACAGAAAGUAGAAUAAGCAUUUUUUUGAAUUUUUUUUUUGAGGGUGUUGAAGCACGUUCUCC